AUGUUCUCUAAAAUCGUUGCUUUGAGCGCUGUGCUGGCAGUGAGUGCUGCAGGUCUCCUGCCCGAGCCGCACUACUCUUCAGCUGCAGCUGUCUCCUCUCAGAGCAUCGUCCGUCACGACCAGCCACAGCUCCAUGCCACCAAAUAUGUAGCAGCCGCUCCAGUAGCCGUCCACGCCGCUCCUGUGGCAUACCACGCAGCCCCUGUCGCCUACCACUCCGCCCCCGCUCACUACUCGUCUGCUGGCGCCGUCUCCUCCCAGACCAUCCUGCGUCACGACCAGCCUCACGCCACCAACUACAUUGCCGCCGCUGCUCCCGUCCACUACGCUAGCCCCGUCCACUACGCCGCUCCUGUUGCUAAAGUGAUUGCUCCCGCCCACAAAGUGCUUGUAUCUGCUCACCAUGAAGAGGAAUACGCUCACCCCAAAUACGACUUCGCCUACUCUGUUGCUGACGGACACAGCGGCGACAACAAGUCCCAGCACGAGUCCCGCGACGGCGACGCUGUGCACGGCGAGUACACUCUGCUUGAAGCUGACGGUUCAGUGCGCAAGGUUGAGUACACCGCUGACGACCACCACGGCUUCAACGCUAUCGUCAGCAACACCGCCCCCGCUCACCACGUAGCUCAUGCUGCCCACGCACCUGUCCUCUUGGCUCAUCAUUGAUUCACUAGUCACUAAAAUUAAAGACUACUACGUUCUUAGUAAAUUAUUUAUGAAUUAAAAUA